AUGGUUCAGUCAAUGAAAGGCGAAAAUCGACAGAAUAUUCCCAGCAGCAACGAGAGCCAGGGCCGGUCAAUGACGGAGUCUGAUGGUAAAGGCAAUGGGAGGCGGCGUACGCAGGUGGCGGUCAACUCAUCCGUAGUGCAUGCACGGGGGCCAUAUGUUACGUUGCCAUGUCCGGUUCUCAGUUCCAACGGUGCCCUCUCGGCUGGAGGAAUGCAUCCGGGCAGUUAUGACCAACAUGUCCUAUCCCGACCAAGCCCCAUAGCAUUACAUUCUGCUCCUGGGAGUUGCUCUCCUUAUUCAAUGCUACACUCUAGCUUCGACUUUGCGCCAGGAAAUGGAUCAAACUUUGCUCAUCGCUCAUCUUAUAUAUCCGGCUAUUCGAUGAACUACGAUGACGAUACGAGUUAUCAAGUGCAGCAGCCACAUUCAAACUUACUCGCUCACGGUAAUAUCGGGGACGGCAAUACGUUCUCAAGUACAGCAGGGACAAAGUCGUGGUACGAGACUUGUCAAACAAAAUCUUUACACGGAGUCUUUGCGGAGAACGAUUCGAAUAAUCCCAUGGCCGGCUCUGGCUACCCUUUUAUGCUCCAACAACCGCAUACGCCAGUGCCGAAUGAUAAUGUAUCCGUGUUUCCUCUCGUGAAUUCAUUUCCCACUGGCCUAACUUCAUCCGACAGAACGCUACCAAAUCCCGUGGGUUACCGGAAUAGCUCAUUUCCUGCCGCGACAUCUAUUUCUGAAAUUGCAACCAACGUGUCGAUGGGCUCAGGUCAGAUGCCGAGCUACAAAUCCUCAUGGGGCGUUGAUAAAACUUUCUCACAUGAUAUUCAUAUCUCCCGAGCAAGCUCGAGCGCGACGAGCUCUACGACAUCUUCUGAUAGGUCUAGACCAUCGCCAUCGAGCCCUUCUGACAUUGGAUUUGGGUACAUCUCAAUCACCAGCAAUCCGCCUGUACCAACGAUGCCUACCUCUACGUGUACAGUGCCUGAAAUAAUGAAUUUAUCGGAAAGAUACCAUACAGCCGGUGAAUCGAGACAUCUAAACGGGUCACAAGGAGGGGGUUUCUCGGAGAGUUACACUCCUGACAUGUACACUUAUGGAAGAGGGAGAGGUUCACGGCCUACGUUGAUAAGCGGCCAUGUUUACGUGCGAAACCCUGCAGAUAGUGAGCCUAUCACUGUCAGUCGACCAGAACAACUACUGCGUCCAGCACCUCCUCCUCCCCCAGCCCUUGUUAAUGCCGAGGUGAUCUAA